AUUGCAAAAUCUACUACUACUAGUAGUCAUUCGCUUUUAGAAGGAUAUAGAAAAAAUCUCAAAAUAUGACAAAACUGUCAUAACAGAUAUUGGUUUUAAGAAUAAAAUAAAUUUUUGUUAUUUUUAGUUAAAUCUUUUUAAAUUAAUUCUUAUUUUAAAUGAAACAAAUUUUAAGUUAUCUAUACUAAAAUUGAUGGUUGUUAAUCAUGUAAUUGUCUAUUUUAUUCAAUUUUUAAUUUAUAUCUUUGAUAAAUUUUGCUGCGCUCAAGAAAGGGACUAUCCAUAUAUGAUCGCUUUUUUUAACAGCACUCAGUACGUCUGCGCAGGAGCCUUAGUUGAGGAUAAUGCAAUUGUUGCUCUUGCUCGAUUUUUCGAUCCCUACGUGCGAGGAGGUAGUUUGGCUACAGUUGAAGCCAUUGCUGAUAAAGUUACUUCUAAGACGAGCGAAGCUAAAUAUAGACAAGUUCGGCAAAUCUCCCACGUAAUUAUUCACCCUGAAUUCAAUAUUUCAUCAGGAAUUCACGAUAUUUGCAUUAUUCAUUUGGUAGGACGUUUCAAUUUAUGCGAUUAUGUGGGGAUAAUCAAGCUAACACCAUUUAGACCCGAGCCGCUUGAUAAUGCCACUUCAGUUGGAUGGCAAGGGCCAUGUGAAGAAAUCACUACACAUCCUAUGUGGGUCCUUGAAAAUCAGGAGACGCGCUGUAAGGGUCAAGAUUCAAAAACUCAGCUUUGCGCUGCUAGUCAUGAACCAUUGCGAUGCGGCUAUUCCGGAGCUGCUUUAGUUAAGAAGGGCAUCCUGGUCGGAUUAUUAAUUAACACAUACACUUGUGGGAAAACUAGAGAUGACGAAUCAGAGGCUUUAUUUAUCGAUAUUUCUUACUACAACCAAUUUAUCUACACUAAUCUAGAUCCGGUUGAAAGUGAGGGCAAGAAACAAUUUUGCAGCAUCUGCGCAAACUUCAUACUAUUUUUCAACAUCUUACGGUCUUGCUCAUGUUUGUUUCGGUUUCAAAGAUUUCACAAUUUCAAUAAACUACUGUUGAGAUAUUUUUUCCGCGUUCAUUCUCCAUGGGAUGGGAUGGCCACGGUGGUUGAUUGUGAUCAUCUCGAUCUUAUUGCCUUGAAUGAUAAUGGGCUCAAGCAGUAA